CCAGUGGCCACGGCCAUGGGCACAAGCUUCUUCCCCGGCCAUUACUGGCUCUACUUCUCCGUGUACCUCUUGACGUUCCUCGUGGGGCUGCCCCUCAACCUGGCCCUGGUGAUCUUCGUGGGCAAGCUGCGCCGCCGCCCGGUGGCCGUGGAUGUGCUCCUGCUGAACCUGACCCUGUCAGACCUGCUCCUGUUGCUCUUCCUGCCCUUCCGCAUGGCGGAGGCGGCCAGUGGCAUGCACUGGCCCUUGCCCUUCAUCUUCUGCCCCGUCUCCGGAUUCCUCUUCUUCACCACCGUCUAUCUCACGUCCCUCUUCCUGACAGCUGUGAGCAUUGAGCGCUUCCUAAGCGUGGCCUACCCACUCUGGUACAAGACCCGGCCGAGGCCAGGACAGGCUGGCCUGGUCAGCGUGGUCUGCUGGCUCCUGGCUGCCGCUCACUGCAGCGUGGUCUACAUCAUCGAGUUCUCGGGGGACUCCUCCAACAGCCAGGAUGCCAACGGGACCUGCUACCUGGAGUUCCGGGAGGAUCAGCUGGCUCUUCUCCUGCCCGUCCGGCUGGAGAUGGCUGUGGUCCUUUUCGGGGUGCCCCUGCUCAUCACCAGCUACUGCUACAGCCGCCUGGUGUGCAUACUCAGCAGGGGAGCCAGCUACCACCGGCGGAAGAGGGUGGCAGGACUUGUGGCAGCCACGCUGCUCAACUUCCUCGUCUGCUUUGGGCCCUACAACGUGUCCCACGUCGUGGGCUACAUCCAGGGCAAAAGCCCCGAGUGGAGACCUUACGUGUUGCUCCUCAGCACCCUGAAUUCCUGCGUCGACCCCCUCAUCUACUACUUCUCAUCCUCGGGGUUCCAAGCUGACUGCCAGGGGCUGCUGGGGAGGCUGACGGGGGCCUGGGGCUUUUGGCGGCAGGAAAGCAGCGGGAAACUGAAGAAGAGCGAAGUGGAGGGGCCGCCGCAGGAGCUGUCCAAUAUAGACACCAGGUAGCGGCCUCGAGGAGGGGCUGGAGCGGAGGCCAGGUGCUC